AUGUGUUGUCACGUGUUGUCACAUCAGGAAAUGACCUCAGACCUGGGACCUCGGUCACCUCCCCUGCCGGUCUCGGCCCUCGGUCUUCGGAUCCGGACGCAGUUCUUGGACUUCACUGCAGCACGUCGUCCGAAGAUGGCGGAAGUGGUGAAUUUGCUGCGCCCAGGCAACCGCAAGAUGCUUGCUCUUCCAAAGGAUGCUAGAACAAGCCGUGCCAGGUCAGCAACUCCGACUCUGGCAGGUCCCCACUGGGCUUUCGCGGCCGUCUUUGCACCUCGCAGUGCUCCCCGCUGCGCCGACCAAGCGGGCUCGUUGACAUUAGCCCUGGCCGUUUUGGACGGCAAAUCCAGUCGGCCACAAGGAGCCGUCCUACACGAAAUAGCUUUGGCAAGAGCACCGGUCUUCAAGGUCUUCAAGCCUCUGUAG